AUGGGAUUGACCAUCUCGUCCGUCUUCCAAAGAUUGUUUGGGAAGAAGUCCAUGAGGAUUUUGAUGAUUGGACUUGAUGCGGCAGGAAAGACAACUAUAUUAUACAAACUUAAGUUGGGAGAAGUAGUCACAACAAUACCAACAAUUGGAUUCAAUGUAGAAACUGUAGAGUAUAAAAAUAUCAGUUUCACUGUAUGGGAUGUAGGUGGUCAAGACAAAAUUCGACGCUUGUGGAGACAUUAUUUCCAGAAUACACAAGGCCUCAUAUUCGUGGUAGAUAGCAAUGAUCGUGAUCGUAUUGGGGAAUCUGCAGACGAGUUAAAUAAAAUGCUCUCCGAGGAUGAAUUACGUGAUGUUGUAAUAUUAGUUUUUGCCAAUAAACAAGAUCUGCCUAAUGCAAUGUCAACUGCUGAAGUGGCAGAAAAAUUGCGUUUACGAGAAAUUCGCAAUCGACCUUGGCAUAUACAAUGUGCUUGUGCUACACAAGGUCAAGGAUUAUUCGAAGGUUUGGAUUGGCUAUCGAAUGAAUUAUCCAAACGAUCCUAG